GGAGCUGGGUGCCACCUCACUGUCGAGGUCUCUGCUCCCUGUCUGCUCUGCCUAUUCCCUUGCUAGCUUGCCUCCCCUCACUUGGGGAGGAAAGGUCAACGGCGUCCUGGAGCCUCCGUGUCACUCUCCAACAGCCAUGAACUGCAGCGAGAGCCAACGGCUGCAAACCCUCUUGAACCGCCUGCUGCUGGAGCUGCACCAUCGGGGCAACGCCAGCGGCCUGGGUGUCGGCCCCGGCCCGAGCAUGGGCAUGGGGGUCGUACCUGACCCUUUCGUGGGCCGAGAGGUGACCAGCGCCAAAGGCAACGAUGCUUAUCUCUACAUCCUGCUCAUCAUGAUCUUCUAUGCCUGCCUAGCCGGAGGUCUCAUCCUGGCCUACACCCGCUCCCGUAAGCUCGUCGAGGCCAAGGACGAGCCACCCCUGGCCUGCGUCGCUGAGCAGGAAUGGGUCCCCGCCGCCGGCGCAUCCGCCGACCCUGAGAAUGGCCAGGGCUUGCUGGCUGAGGGCGGCCAUCAGCUCGCACCCGGGGCGCUACCUGUGAUAGCCCAGGGCGCUGAGCGGGUCUAGAUCCACUGUCCUCAUUUUG